CCCGCUAAGUAUGAAACGGAUUAUAGAGCACUAUAUGUGAUCGCUUCUUGAUAGAUUCUAUAGAGUGAGCAUUUCUAAGCAUUACGUGAGGUCCACUUAGAGGUGCUGCAUUGCUGAUCCAUGAGGCCUGCAAAUAAAGAGGUCACCUGUAGACGUGGCAAUACACAGACAAGGCCUUUCCAUGACCUUGGGCCGGCGAGUUCGCUAAUCUGAUGUGCUCACUGAUCCUGAUUAGUGUGUUGUAGCAGACGACGCGUGUUUUUGCUUUCGGCUGCUGCACAUAACUAAAAUGUAGCUUUAAUUGUACCAAUUGAACCACACUACGAUACGCACAACAUGUGUCCUGUAGGUUCUGUUGUUUUUUUUUAUUCUUUUUUUUUUUUUGACGCAAUAACGCACCCUUUCCGAUUUCUUUCAUGCACCGCGCUCGAAACGACAGCAAGCCGUCGAUCACCUUCGUGUACCGGGUUUCGGGGAUCAGCCGCACAUUUACGCACCCCUACUUCGACAAUUUUUACACGGAAAAAUUGAACGAAAGAAAUUUGAGCUCGAUCAUCGACGAAGAUUUAGCGCGACCUGUAAGUGCAUAUGCCGGCUCCAAGUCGGUGGCGAUAUCUAUGACGCUGAUGGCAAGAAUGUGCCCGAGGGAUACCAUGGUCAACUUUAAUACGUACAGCAACUGCAACAGCACUCCUCUGGAUGUUUCUCGUCUCUGCAGAGUGCCCCCAGGAUACAUUCAAUGCCUGCACUAUUCAGUAAUGACGCGACAUUACAACGGCAACAACAACGUGACACAGGAUUUUUUCUUCGAGGUGGAAAGUACUUUCAAAGCUAAGGUGCGCCUGAUUCUGCAGCAGCUGGAACGGGCACGGGCGUCACCAGUGGCCUUCAUCAUCGAGCGCUACGAGAUGGAAGCGCAGGGGGUGAUCACCUUCUACGAUUCCAAUAGCCGGACCGACGUGCAAUGCGGCGCCAAGCCGUUCGGCUACACUGCCGCAACUAAAGCAGAACUUGAGAAGUUUUGAUUAUGCGGCAGUGAGUUAUCUGAGCAAUCAGUGUAUUCGCACUUGUCCUCAGAGAAGAAUAGUAUAGAUAUAUAUACUUUUCAGCCAUAAACCAGUAAAAUGAAUGAAUAAAACUUUUACUUGUA